CUCACCCACCCACCAUGUCCGAAGACGUCCUGAGCACCACCUCAUCCAGCGGCCACAGCAAUGGUACACCCGCGCAAACGCCGUCCCCAACAUCAGAGACGCCCGCAAGCACUGUCUCCCGCCCCGCAAGCUCCCGUGCACUCGUACCAACACCACUCUCCGCCAACCUCACCCCCAAGGUCGCCAUUGCAACGGCUUCCUCACCGGCUUCCGACUACGCCUACCCCUCCCCGCUGGGAGGUGGUCCCACAAGCGCAAGCUAUGUGGUCCCGCCGCGACCGAAGCCCGGGCGCAAGCCCGCGACCGACGAGCCCGCGUCGAAACGCAAGGCCCAGAACCGCGAGUCACAGCGAGCUUUCCGCGCGAGAAAGGCUGCCAAGCUCAAUGAGAUGCAGGCGCAGGUAGAGACCACUGAGCAAAGGCACAAGCAGGAGAUGAACAAGAAGGUCGCCGAGCUACAUGCACGGGACAUGCGAAUCAAUCAGCUGGAGGCCCUGGUAGCCCAGCUCAAGGAGUCGGAGAAGCGGACUGCCCAGGAACGCGACUUCUGGAAAGAUCGUGCUGCCCAGGACCAAGUACAGUAUCAGUUCCUCGAGAGGCAGUGGAAAGAGCAAAACUACCCUCUGAACGGAUUUGGCGAGAAGGAAGCCGUCUUCUUCCAGACUAGGUUAUCGGGCUCUGGUCAGGCCUCCCCCACGCAUGGCUCGGUGCAAAACUUCACAGGGUACACCACGCCCAAGGCCAUGGAUAUCGGCUGCGGCAACUGCAAAGCCGACGGAGAGUGCGCAUGCAUCGCAGAGCUCGCCAAGGUGACCACUCCCAAUCCCUUCAUGACCGCUGUACCUCUCGGUCCCGCACCUCCCCGCACCUCAGUCUCACCUAUGAAGGGUAUGCGGGCGCAGACACCUUUUGACGUGUUCGCUGAGCGCGAGAUCGACUUCACCGCCCAGUUUGCAUCCAAGCGUAUGCGACAACAUCAACGCCCCUCCAUCGCGUUUUUGACCCAGGCGAGCGAAACGGACUCCAAUUGCGGCUUUUGUACGGAUGAAUCCAACUGUCUCUGCAAGGACGAAUCGCUCCGGCACCAAGAGUUACAACGGGGCAACGAGGUCGUUCCGGCAUCUCACGACUGGACUAGCACAUCGGCCGACGUCAAAUUACAAGGUAAUGAUAUCGGCACGAAUGGACCAGGGAGCUGUCCGGAUUGUCAAGCUAAUCCCCGCCAACGGGCUUGGUGCCAGAGGGUUGCCCAGCUAAAGAACUCCGGGAACGACCACCUCCUGCCGUCACCCACGUCACGAACUUCAAGUAUCAGCGGCCCAUUGGAGACGAUGGAACCCCACAUAGCCGAUGCCUCCACACCUUAUGGAGCGAAGCAGUCUAUCGGUUGCAGUGAGGCAUACAAGCUGCUUGAGGGUCGCGUGCCUAUGGACCAGGACAAGAUGGACUGGAUUGGCAAUCUCAAGCCUGUCCCUCCUGCUGGCAGGAGGGACACACUGACCCAGCCUACCCGGAAAUACAGUGCCCUGGAACUCGACACCGCUGGCGUCAUAGCAACGCUUGGAAGCACCAUGCAGCCUCUUCAGCCCCGACCAUCCGAUGGAGAAAACGCCCAUCUCGUUCGCAUAGCGCAGGAAUACCAGAGAAGCAGCAGCUCACCUCAAGUAGAUGGCGACUCGCCAAUGCCCGUGUCCAUGGUCAACGGAGCGACUAUCCCAGCUGGGAGCUGGAGGUAGCCGUCCAUGCCUUCUUACUGCAUUUCUUUGCGAUGCAUGUCCGGAGUUUCGGUUGCAGCUUCCCUUUCCUGUGCUUCUGUAUAGCCGAAAAAUUUCGAUAGCCCGAUGUUCGUGGGUUGGCCAUGACGCCGCCGGUUUCUCAACCCACGGUAUCAAUGCUUUCGGUUCGCUUGCUCAGUCUCUUGGUGGCAAGCAAGCAGUCAAUCUCUGCAUAUUCAGUUUUCAAUUCUCGGCCGUCGUGUGCAUAGAUAGAGCGGUCUCAUGUGCAUAGGUGGAGCGGUCUCAUGUAUACCCACGGUUAGCUGUAUAUGCCACUGUAGAUAGCACUAAACAGAAUAAAGUCUUCAUUGA